AUAACGCCAAUUUGAAGCAACUGCAUUAUAUAAUACAUUUUAAAAAGAAAAGAAUCAACUGUAAGGUAUCUUCACAUUAGAAUAUUGAAAGCAAGCUUGGACUUUUACCAAGUCAACUAACACAACCCACCCCCGAAAUACCGAAGACAGAAGAUUGAUAAUUUGUGAUAUAUGGAGUAGUUUGAAACGUCUCGACCUACCAAUUCAGGUAUUGGAAGGAGAUGAAACUGAUCCUACUAUUCUGUGCCUCACUCUGGUUGUGUUCCACUUUCAGCAAUUCACAAAGGAGCGUCCAUAAUCGCACUUCUAACUUCCAAGUGGGAGUGAUUCUUGAUUUGAAGUCAGUGGUCGGAAGUAUGUGUCUAAGCUGCAUGUCCAUUGCCCUCUCUGAUUUCUAUUUGAUUCACAGCAACUACUCGCCGAGGCUGUCUCUUCAUGUUAGGGACUCUCAAGGACAAGCCAUUGAAGCUGCUGCUGCUGGUCUCAAUUUGCUGAAAGAUAUCAAGGUAGAUGCAAUCUUAGGUCCUCAGAAAUCAGCUCAAGCCAACUUUCUGAUGGAUCUUGGAGACAGAGCUCAGGUCCCCAUAAUUUCUUUUUCUGCAACAAGUCCUUCUCUUCAUACUCGAACUCCUUACUUUGUUCAAGCUGCACAAGGCGAUGACACUCAAGUUGGCGCCAUUGCUGCCAUAGUUAAAACCUUCCAGUGGAGUCAGGUUGUUAUGAUAUUUGAAGACUCAGAAUAUGGUAGUGGCAUUGUUCCCUACUUAUCUAAUGCAUUCCAAGAUGUGAAUGCUCACAUUUCAUAUAAAAGUGUUUUUCCUGUUUCGGCAAGUGAUGAAUUUAUACUCAAAGAGCUAUACAAGAUGAUGACUUUACAAACAAGGGUGUUUGUGGUCCACAUGUCACAUACACUUGGCGCCAGACUCUUUCUGAAAGCCAAAGAAAUCGGAAUGAUGGAGAAGGGCUAUGCCUGGAUCAUCACCAGUGGACUAAUGGAUUUAGCCUACUUGAUGGAUUCUGAUGUUGCUGAAGCAAUGCAAGGGGUAUUAGGUGUGAAACCUCUUACACCAAAAUCUGAACAGCUCCGGUCUUUCUCUAAUAGGUUGAAGAAAAAGUCCCUUGAGAAAAGUCCUGGCAUCGGACGAGCAGAUUUGAGCGUUUUUUGCCUGUGGGCAUAUGAUACUUUGUGGGCACUGGCUAUGGCUGCAGAAAGAGUUGGAUUGAAAGAGCCACCGAAAACUUUAGAGAAUUCAACUGUUAAUCUCAAUGUUUCAAACCUUUUCAAUUUUGGGAACUCAGAAGUCGGCCCAAAACUUCUAAAAGCAAUAUCAGAGACCAAAUUUGAGGGGCUUUCAGGGAAGUUUCGCCUUUUAAAUGGCAAGAUGGAGUCAUCAUCUUAUCAGAUAAUUAAUGUGCUUGGGAACGGACAGAAGGAAGUAGGAAUAUGGAAUCCAUCUCUUGGAAUAAGGAGGGAACUGAAUUGGAACACCACAACUCAUGAUACAAGCUCAAGGGAAAAUAUGAGGAGUAUCAUAUGGCCUGGUGAUUCAACAGUCGUGCCCAAGGGAUGGGAAGUUCCAAUGUCUGGUAAAAAGCUAAGAAUUGGAGUGCCAGUGAAAGCUGGUUUCACGGAUUUUGUGAGAGUAGUAAAGGACACUCAGGUCAAUGCCCACAUUAUCAGCGGAUUCUACAUAGACGUGUUCAAAUCUGUCAUGGAAGCGUUGCCAUAUUCUGUGCCAUAUGAGCUUGUUCCCUUUGAAAAUCCUGAUGGCUCUAGUGCAGGGACUUAUAAUGAUCUUAUUUACCAAGUGUUUCUUCAGAACUAUGAUGCUGCAAUUGGAGAUAUAACUAUCACAGCAAACAGAUCAAAAUACGUGGACUUCACGUUGCCAUUUGCAGAAGGAGGAGUUAUUAGCAUCGUGCCAAUCACGUACGAAGAUGUCAAUGAUAUAUGGGCUUUCCUAAAGCCCCUAAAGAAAGAACUUUGGCUAACAAGUAUAGCAUUUUUCUUUCUUACGGGUCUGGCGGUCUGGAUACUUGAACAUAGGGUGAGCUCUGCCUUUCGAGGUCCUCCUUCUCAACAUGUUGGCAUGAUCUUCUACUUUCCCUUCUCAACACUAGUAUUUGCACAUCGUGAGUACUAA